AUGGCCUUUCUCCACCCAAAGUCAGGAUUCAUUUACGCAGGUGUGCAAAGGAGCAGCUAUGCGUAUUUCCUCAUCGAGAUCCAUUUUUUUAAUUUGCUAGGGAGAAGCAUUGAUGUGUACCUACCUCGCCAGUUUUUGAGCCCGAAGAGGUUCACUAAUCCACCGCGUACGAGUGAGACUGCGCCAGAAGUGGAUAUGGCAUCUCUCAUACGCAUCGCGGCUCGUACAUAUCGUCCUGCUCCACACGCAAUAGGCGCACGUCUCAAAUGGACUCACACGUCCCACAUCUUCACUACACUGGGCAACAAAAACUACUUUGACUGGAUGCCUGAGGCCUACUCAGGGACCGCACACAUCCUCGCUGGGGUGCAUGCAUUAAUAAAGGCAUUGGACCACCGACAAGCUGGUGUGGUUCCUGAAUCUGUAGACGCGCUUGAGGAAGAACAGGAAGAUAAGUUAUCUAACUUGCCUACUUCGUCCACGAUGACCCUGCUCGUCCCGAAAUCAGGAUUCCUAUUUGCACGCCGGCGUGAGGCACGGCAUCGGGACCGCGUCGAGGCGACAUGGUUCGGCCACGGGUGUUCCUCAUCGAGAUGGUAAGGAUACUGUUCAACUUGGUCUUUGGCAAUAGGUGCCAGCCCAGCCAGUCUCUCAGCCGGAAGCACACCGAACCUCCUUGCAAAAUUUAGGAUAUGCCAGAAGCGGACACCGUUGUCAUCUCGGUGAAUAGGCCCGUCCUUGCAUUCGAGAAUAUACUAAUGUUCUAGUUAGCAUAACUAUCAUUACCAGUAUGUGUUGUCCUCCUAAAAUUUGUCAUCUGCUAACCUUUCCUAGUCUAGACACGCACACCAUAACCACGUCAGUAAAAGUCAACCCGAGUGGUAUAGUACUACACAGAGUACGCUCAUGUAAAAAAAAAGAUAUACUUGAAUACAUUCCCAGAUUGAUACGGCGGGGAAUUGAUCUCUCGGCAUCCUGCGAUAGAUAACUCACCUA